AUGUGGUUCCCGUCAUUCCUCACCUUCCCCAUAAACCUCCCAGCUCUCCCGUCCAUUUCGCUCCCAGCCAAUAUCCAGCGCCGGUUUCUCAGCUAUGUUCUCAAGCGAGCUCUAGGACGCUUUGUCGUUGCCAGCGGUCUCGACGUCGAGCGCAUCCAGGCCCAGAUCUCCCAGGGCUGGGUCGAGCUCGAGCGUCUAGAGGUCGAUGCCAACGAGAUCAACUCUCUCAUACCCGAGGGCCUGCCUUUCACUGUAACAAGCGGUGAGGUGGCAAAGGUGUCGGCCCGUGUGCCGUUCCCAAACCUCUGGAGCGACCCACUGUCGCUUACGGUCGACUCCCUGACGCUCGAAGUCGCCAUUACGCCGCCCUCGAGCAAGGCAAAGUCGCCUGCCACCUUCCCAGGCGCCUCGCCUACGGCACACCAUAUUGACCUGUCUCAAUCUGUCACGUUGGCGGCAGACGACUUUGUGCACGACGAGCUCGACGCGUUUGACGGUGCUGAGCUCGACCGCUCCAUUCGCGAGUCCCUCAUUCUGUCACACACCGACCCAUUUAACAAUGACGAUGUCCCCGGCGCGUUCCCUCCGUUUGGGUCUUCUGCUGGAGGUGGCGACUUCAACCCUCUACCUGCUGAAGUGGAGAGCACGACGGUGCUCGCUUCGCUCGUAGAGCGUAUCCUUGCGCGCCUUGAAUGCAAGGUCCGCAACGUCCGUCUGCGUGUGCGGUACGAGGACGACGACCGCAGCGGCAUCCUGGAGCUGCGUCUUGGCGAGGUGCGGUAUGCGGACGAAACACCCGAGAACGCCGCCGGAGGCAAGACCAUUCGCCUGAUAUCUGUCUCAUCGGUGUCAGUGUACCUCCUCCCUUUGCCGACACCUGCACCUUCCUCGCAGCUCUCGAGCAGUGGUCUGGGACUGCGACCUGCAUUCUCGCGGUCUUCGUCGUCGUCCGACUCUGAAAUGUCCAUGUCUACCGACUCGAGUCACGACGAAUUCCACGACAUGGUCAUGUCUCAGGCAGUCUACGACCUGCGACAGAGCACAGCGGAUAUGCGCCAGAGUACGAUGACCUCGGCGUCUGGCAUGAGCAUAUACCACAGCAUGGUUCAGGAAGAGGAGGAGGAAACGCUUGCAACACCACCUCCGCCGCCGCCACGAGUCCCAGAACCGCCUCUGCCAGUCCAGCAUCCGAAGCCUGAGAAGCCAAGUUCGCGUGACACGAGCCGAUCCGCUACACCAACCGGCCCGAGUGAACCCGCCGAGACGCUCCUGCUUUCCUUUGGAUCCGAGGACAUUGCUCUGCGCAUGACAACUACCCGACCGCCUCCUCCAGAACCCAUGUCGCCAGGCCGUGUUCCGACUUCUCCUCGCGGUACCCCGACGUCUCCUCGCCGAGCGGCUACCCCAGAGUUCCCAUCGCUUGAUAUCGAGCUCACUUUUGGCACAAUCUCAGCCGUCCUCCUUCCCUCCCAUGCGGCCUUCAUCUUGGCUGUUGGGCAGGCUGCUGUGGGACCGACCUCUGCCCCAAAGCAGCCAGAACCCGGGACCCACACAGACUCUCAGGUUGUCCAGUCGCAACCACGGUUUGACGCCCGUGUUCGGGUCAAGGGCAUCUACAUUGCGAGCGUCUACGACCUGGCCAGCCCUACGGAAGAGUACGAGACUACUGUCCAGCAGUUCUUCUUGCGUCCCGCCUCGGUCUACCUCCCGAUCGGCCACCUGCGCUUGCGGCUCGAAGACAUUGCGGCAGCUUACCAUGUGCCAAGCUUCACGGGAGUGUCGCCACGCAAGCGUGCCGACCCCAGACGCAAGCCAACUCUUGGUCCAAAGCCGCCCGUCAUCACUUUGACUGUCGCGGACGCGUCCGUGUUCGAAUACCUCGCCUCGGCCGAGUCUGGCGAUGACGAGCCUCCCGGAGGAGCGUUCCCCGUUCUCAUCUUUGACGCCAACCUCCCACGUCAGUACGAGGUGCCGCCUGGUGCACCGUCAAGUCUCCUUUUGAACCAGAUGCGCACGCCUUCGCACCUCCCUUCGUUCCCAGAGUUUGACUCUGUCGACUGGCGUAAUUCUGGAAACCAGAAGCGGAGUGGCGAAAAGGCGUGGCGCGUGCGGCCAAAGGGCAAGGGUAUCUUGCGUGCGACGGCGGGUGCUAGCCCAGACCCACCUCGCCAGCCGGCCGUGUCCAUCCGCAAGGAGAUGAGUGAUAAAGAACCGGCAUUGAUCGAUCUCCUCCCCGUCCACAUUUUUCUGGACCUAUCACUUGUCGAGCGGCUGCUCCCUCUCCUCCGGUCACUGGCGCCACUGGUGCAGUCCAAGAGCGAUUUCAGCUCUACCCCUACCGCAAUGCACCCGGGCGUUCGCCCCAUGGCUGCUCUGCGACCUGUCGACUCUAUCGGCGACCUAGGCGGCAAAAUCCAUCGCCCAUCGCUGCGGCCCACUCAGCAGCACCCCACGGCCCCGCACCCGCUCGUGAAGCUUACGUGUCCGAUGAUUCGGCUGGACAUUCGAUGCCCCGCGCCACUCAACCGGCGUGGGUCGUGGGGCGAUGGCGCCCAUCUGCGCUCGGGCAUUGUGACGCUGGACAUUCACGGUCUCAACGUCAGCAUGGCCGCGGACCCUGCGGUCCCGCCUUCCCUCACACGUCGUGGCAGCCAGGGACCGUUUGAGCCGCCCCCCGAAGGAGGGAUCAAUGUCGAGUGGCAGAAGAUGGUGUUCCUGUUCAGCCGUGUGCCAGGUAAGCGCUCGAUCAAGACUGCAAGACUAAGCCAAGCAGAACGUCGUUCCUCGGCCUUCCUCGUCAUUGGGCCCCUUGCUCCCGAGCCCGGGGACGACGAGAGCGUCCUCUUGCCGACGGUCCAUGUCCACUCCGAGGUGGCGCCGUUUACCGGCAUCAAGACCAAGUCUGUGACGUGCCGCAUCCCCUGUGUCCAAGCCAAGAUCCGCCAGCCGGUGGUUGAGGGCCUGCAGUUCUUCGCAGACGACAUGACGCACUGGCUUGACGGUGCGUUUGGCGAUGGCUCGGCACCCAGGCCACGUGACGAUUUGAAGAUGAUUGGCAGCCGGUUCUUUGGAUCAAAGGCUUCGUCGUCUGCAUCCAGCUCGGCGGUCGAGGACGAGGAGGAUGAUCCGGUGGCGACACUUCUUCGUGUGGUCAUUAGCGAGGCCGAGGUGACUUUGCUUGUGCCCAAAUCGACCGCAGCGACUGUUAAGGAAGUCAAGGAAGCCGCUGCCGAGGCGGCGCCUGAGCGUAUUCUGUCGCUGCGGGCGUCUGACCUCGACGUCAAACUCGAGUCCAACAUGGCCAACAAACAAGAGACGUCUGUCACACUCACGGCCAUGGACGCCGAUCUCUUCCACCACCCGGACCCUGACACUGAGCCUGCGCGGCUGUUUGGCCGUACGACGCCGCUCACGCUCACCACACAUACCCAACCGCUCGUCAACCUGCGGUUCUCGUCCCUGACGCACCCGGACCGCACAAAGGAGACGGGUAUCCGCCUCACCGCCUCGGCGUGCACAGUGUUCAUCACCAAGGACCUGGACUGGGUCAACGACCUGCGUCUGUACGUCAAGACGCCCGAGGGCGUGUUUGAGGAUGUUGUCCCCAGUGAAGUGACGCGGAUCCACCUGUGGCUCAACGACUGCUCGGCACAUGUCGCGACGCCAACGCUGCCGGGCGCGAUCCUUGUGGUGGCCAAUUUCCUUGAACUGCGCACGGCUAUUGAGAGCGAGGCCGACGACAGUGCCGUGGACAUUGGGCUCACGGGUGUGCAUUUGCUGGCCAUUGACGACCUGGCCGCCGCGACGCCACUGCAAAUGGGCCACCAAAUGUCCAUUGACGCGUGGAAGCGCGCCGGUUAUGCGCCACUCGUGGAGCUCGUGUCCAUGGAUGCGCAGGUGCUGCAGGGGAUCGUGCCCGAGGAGACUGUCCUGCUUGACGUCCUCCAGGCCAAAGUACGCGUGACGGCGUGCGCCGACUCGUUGGCGUCGUUGGGCGGCCUGGCUGGCGACCUCGCCAAGUUGGGCCCACCCAAGCCUGUGCCGCAAGAACAGCCCCGUCGGCAGAUGGCCCUGGACCAGUCGAUCGACGUGUUUGCGUCUGUGGACUUGCAGGCGUUCAACCACGCUCCGGACAUUGUGUCUGACGCAGACAUGAUCGGCGACGACCUGCCCACCAACCUGGACUACCUGGACCACGCUGCGCGCCAGUCGACGUCGGGCCCGUCGACGGACCGCACGACGGGCGAGUCGCUGCGGUCCUGGCAGACGACCGACGACGCGCCGCACAUCUCCGAGGUCCACGGCGGCACCAUUAAAGUGUUUGUGACCGAGCCGUUCGCCGAGGACGCAAACUACUGGGACUCGCUUCCCGUCGUGACCGACGGCGACUCUACGCGCGUGGGCAAGACGCGGAUCCGCGUACAGAACGCGUCGGUCAACGUCUUCUUCCACGACGGCUACGACUGGGCCGUGACGCGUAAAGCGAUCGAGGACGAGAUCAAGGCUGUGCGCCGCAAGCUGGAGAAAUUCAAGCAGCUGCUGGCCUCGGGACAAAAGGCCGACGCGAGCAUCGACGACACGAGCUCGGUGCUGUUCAACUCGGUGUAUAUUGGCUUUGACCAGAACCAGCGUGACGACAUGGACAAUGCGGCACUCAUUGCCGCGAUUGACGAGGAGCUCGAAGACUUGGGCGCGGCUGACACGGCGUCGCUAAGCAGCUGGCAGAGUUUCCCAGAUGCUGGUCCUCCCGCUGCCGCUGCGGCAGCUGCAGCCGCAGCCGCGAGCAAGCGCUCGUCGCAUGUCCGGCUGCAUGGCAAACGCCUCACGCGGUCCAAACGGGCCCAGCUGGAAUUUGCGCUCGACGGCGUGCGCGCCGACAUUGACGUGUAUCCCGCCGACGACGCGACAGCCUCGCGCAUGCACGUGACGGCGCGGGCAUUUGAGAUUCUCGACCACAUCAAGACGUCUACGUGGAAGAAGUUUUUGACCGAGAUGAAGAGCGAUUCGCGGGGCAACGUGCGCGAGACGGACGCCGACAUGGUCCGCCUCGAAGUGGUCAAUGUGCGGCCCAACUUGCCGUCUACGGACGAGGAGAUCCGUCUGAGGGCCAAGAUUCUGCCGCUGCGCCUGCACGUGGACCAGGACGCGCUCGAUUUCCUCAAGCACUUUUUCAGCUUCAAGCCGCUCAACGAGGAGGUGGUCGAGGUGGCCGACGACGUGCCAAAGGCCGAACCUUUCUUCCGUAAGCUGUGCAAGCUGCCCACACCGUUCGCUUCGCUCACACUGUACUCUGCAGAGCACGUCGAGAUCUUCCCCGUUGAGCUCAAGCUCGACUACAAGCCCAAGCGCGUCGACUACACCGCUUUACGCCAGGGCAAGACGAUCGAGCUCAUGAACUUUUUCCACUUUGACGGCGCGGAAAUGACGCUGCGGCACGUCACCCUCUCUGGCGUGACGGGCGGGACGCGUCUGGGCGACAUGCUGCAGGACAUCUGGACGCCCGACGUCAAGGCCAACCAGCUCGCGGACGUGAUUUCGGGCGUGUCGCCCAUCCGGUCCAUGGUGAACGUGGGCUCGGGCGUGGCCGACCUGAUCCUCCUCCCGAUAGAGCAGUACCGCAAAGACGGGCGGGUGGCGCGCGGCGUACAGCGCGGCACGCACUCGUUUGUGCGGUCUACGGCCAUGGAGAUGAUGAAGCUCGGCGCGCGGCUGGCGACGGGCACGCAGGUCGUGCUCGAGCGCGCCGAGGGUGUGCUGGGCGACGGCGGUGACGGCGGGGGUGUGGGUGCCGGCUCGGGCUCGGGCGCCGGUGCUGCCGGCAGCAUGAGCGUCACGGCGCUGGCAGUGCCGUCGGGCCUGCACGACGGGUCGUCGGACGACGAGGGCGGCGCCGAAGAGAAGAGCCGGUACGCCAACCAGCCCAACGACGUGCGCGAAGGACUGCGCGGCGCGUACGCCAGUCUCUCGACCAACAUCAAUUCCGCCGCGCAGACCAUCCUCGCGGUACCCAUGGAGGUGUACGAGCGGUCCAAUGAUGAUGGCGCGCUCAAGGCCGUUGUCCGCGCCGUGCCGAUUGCGGUUCUCAAGCCCAUGAUCGGCGCGUCCGAGGCCGUGAGCAAGACGUUGUGGGGUCUGCGCAACACGCUCGAUCCGGAGGGCAGGCGCGAGCAAGGGGACAAGUACAAGUAG